GGUAACACAAGUCGAAAAUCUCAUUGUGGUGAAACAUACAUUGCAGAGCAUGAUGGGGAAUCUAGAGAGAGACAGAAACAAACUCAUUGCAUGGGCAAUGUUACUCUACCUGGGCUUACGGGUUUGCUGCCAGCAGUGCGGUGGGCCGUGUCAGUGUACCUCUGUACCAGUGUGUCCAGAGAGGGUUCCUCUCAUUCUGGAUGGGUGUCAGUGCUGUAGUAUGUGUGCCCGGCAGCAGGGUGAGGCCUGCACUGAACGAUUUCUGUGUGACAUUCAGAGGGGUCUGCAAUGUGACUACAGCGCCAGCUUCCCCGAUGACCCAGGAGAGUGUGUCAGUCAAAAGGAACUGGGAUGUGAGCACAAUGGAGUCUUUUAUCAGGAGGGGCAAGUAUUUCAGCCGUCUUGUGCCCUCCAAUGUCGCUGUUCAGGUGGAGGGGUGGCCUGCGUGCCCCAGUGCCGAGAGGACGUUCUUCUGCCCACCCCAGACUGCCCUCACCCACGGAGGGUUCAGCCACCCGGAAAAUGCUGUAAAGAGUGGGUGUGUGAAAAUAUGGACAACACUGUGCUUGAGGAUGCUCUCAUAGCAACAGCUUCCAGAACAGAACAGUCGGUGCCUGCAAACUUUGGUGCAUUUCAAACCAGGCCGAGCUCAAACUGUGUAGACCGUAGUUCAGAAUGGAGUGCUUGUUCACAAACCUGUGGGCCUGGGAUAUCAACACGGGUGUCCAAUCAAAACCCAGCCUGCCGCCUUGAGAUGCAGAUACGCUUGUGUACGAUCCGACCCUGUCCGUCUGUUCUCCACAGAACCCCACAGGGGUCAAGACGGAAAUGUCAGCCCAGUUACCGGUCAGCGAGACCUCUGCUGCUUUUCCAUCAGGGCUGUUACAGUACACGGUUUUACAGGCCCCAUUAUUGCGGCCUGUGUACAGACAACCGUUGUUGCACUCCGCACCACACUGGCACCAUGACGGUCACUUUCCGCUGCCCUGGGGGCAGAAUGUUCAAUCAAGCUGUCAUGACCAUCAACUCCUGCAGGUGCCAUUACAACUGCCCUUCUUCAGCUAUAGGAACAUAUAGAGGAACAUCUUUCUGGGGUUAGACAUUUCCCACAUAUGAGCCCUGUGUCUUUGGGUCUAGGAGAUAGUAGAUGUGCUGGGCUUACAUGUCUUAACUUAUUGAAAGAUAUCAUUUGAGAAAUAUAUAUUUUUGCUCAAUAUGAAGUAACAUAAAGCAAUUUUACAUAACAUCAAGGUGCAUUUAAGGGUGCAUUAAAAGCAAAACUCCAUGGUCUUAAACAAAUUUGACUAGCGAGGAAUUGGUUAUGUGUGAUGUGACAUUUAGCCUGUUGGCACAUUUAUCUGUAUUACGCUUGUAUUUGGACCCGCACUAGUCUUGGUGUUUACCAAUGUAAUGCAAAUAUUUAUUGUACAUAUUUGUAGAUACUUUUAUUUUAGUAUGAGAUGUAUUUUUUAAUACUUUGGAUUAAGGAAUCUAAAAUGCUACAAAUUUGUUUGGGAAUUUGGUUCAGGUUGCAUCACAGAAUUUACCACAUCACAAGUCAAAAAUGUAAAUCUGGUCAGACUGUAAAUAAACAACCAUAAACCCACGUCAACCCCUUUUAAAUAAUAAAGAUUUUAUUGCUUUGUAUGUUUUCCUUAAUCUUUCUGUAUGUGUUCUUUACUUGCAGCUGUACAAUUAUGUGUUAUGUACAGUAUUCGAAAGUUUAGGAUCAUUUGACUGAAAUGUUUUUUUGUGAUAUCAAUCAUUUUCUGUGAAAAAUC